AUACCUAAACGUCACCACGUCAAAGUCGUCAUUUCGUCAACUGUCUUGCGUUCUAUGUUUGCUGUCGUUGCUGUACAUACGUGAAAUGCUGAAAUUCUGAAAUGUGAAUAAUUAUUUAUCAAGUGUAGGCUUGUGAUUAAUUUUUAUUCAAGUCGCCAUUAAUAAGUGGUGUGAUUAUUUUGGUUGGAUAAUUGUGCAGAUCAGGGCCCAUUGCAGUUCAGUGCCCAACUGCAUUGAUUAGUAAGCUGCAGGUUGUAAAUGGCUAACACAGGUAACAGUGACAAAUGGUAUUUUACAAAAGAGCAAUUAGAAAGUACUCCAUCCAGAAAAUGUGGCUACGACUCUCACAAAGAACUGUCAUACAGACAACAAGCUGCAAAUUUUAUCCAGGAUAUGGGUCAAAGACUUAAAGUAUCCCAGCUGUGCAUUAACACAGCUAUAGUUUAUAUGCAUAGGUUUUACGUGUUCCACUCGUUCACACACUUUCCGUGGCACCAAAUGGCAGCAGCUGCUCUCUUUUUAGCAGCAAAAGUCGAGGAGCAGCCCAGAAAAUUGGAAUAUGUAAUCAAAGUAUCAAAUAUGUGUAGGAAUAGCAGAGAUUCCAAUAUUGAUAUAAACUCUGAUAGGUAUAUAAGUCAAUCUCAGGAUUUAGUGUUCAAUGAAAAUGUCUUAUUACAAACUUUGGGGUUUGAUGUAGCUAUUGAUCACCCCCAUACCCAUGUAGUAAGAUGUUGUCAUUUAGUAAGGGCUAGCAAGGAUUUGGCCCAAACUUCCUAUUUUAUGGCUAGUAAUAGUUUACAUUUAACGACGAUGUGCAUUCAAUACAGACCAACAGUCGUUGCUUGCUUCUGUAUCCUGGUAGCAUGCAAAUGGUCGAAUUGGGAGAUACCACUUUCCAAUGAGAAAAAAGAGUGGUAUUCCUAUGUCGACCCGACUGUCACCGCUGACCUUUUACAACAAUUGACUGAGGAGUUUUUGGUUAUAUUCGAGGCUUGUCCUUCGAGGUUGAAGGAAAAAAUAAUGGCGAUUGCCGAUGUUUCCCACACCCCUACUGUAGCCAUAAUAAAUUCGCCAUUUGACACUGAACCUAGAAAGAAGGAGGACCCCAAAGAUCAACCUUCUAACCGGGCUGUGAUUGGCCCCGACGACCCCCACAAACACCGCCCCACCCGCCCCCACGACCCCGCCGCCGGCCCACAGCAGCAGCAGCACCAGCGCGACCGGCAAAAGGAACGCCUGGCCGCCCACCAUCAGAAAACCCCGCUGGGCGGCCACGCGCACCACCGCCCGCCCAUCGACCCCAAGUUCAAGCAGCACCAGCGGCCGCCCGGCCACCCGCCCACCAGCCGCGACCACCCGUUCAAGCACAAUUUGCCGCCCGAGGGCGGGGUGAACAACUUUGCGGAUGCGCGGUUGGGUUACGGGGCGGACAAGCAGCGGGCGGAGGCGAAUAGUAGGCCGAGGAGUGACGCGUCCAAGGUGGGCGUGGUCAAGCCGGACGGGAUGGUGCGCAGAGUCGAUGCCGAUAGUAUAAAGAAGCACCUCAGUGCCACAGGCCAUGACAGGAGGCCUCCCUCUGGUUCUUCACAUAAACUGGAUCAGUCGAAAUCCGUCCCUAAGCAGAAUUUGACUCCUGUUAGUUCAAAAUCUGUGCACUCUAGUGAUAGCGGUUAUGGCUCCUUUGUAAAUACUGAUAGGAUAAAGACAGAAAUGAAAACUGAGCCAAUAGACACCAGUUAUGCCUCAUAUGUAAAUACCAAUAAGGUGAAGCUUGAAGCAGGCUUGCACAUCAAAGAAGAAAUUCCCACGCCCGCCGUCAUAAAACGGCCCAGUCUAUUCUCCCCGGAGAAAACCCCGCCCCACAAGCUCACCAUCAAAACCUCGCCAGACUCGAGGCGCGCGAUCGAGCAGGACGCAACGCACGGCGCCAGCGCGGGCGCCAUCUUGUCGCCGCUAGUGUCGCCCGUCGACGGCAGGCGGCGCACCUCGUCCAGCACGUCAGAGUCGGAGCUGCGGCCGGUCAUGAAGAAGAUCGACCAGGUGGAGGGCUUCGAGAAUCUGAUGAGGGACAGCACGAUAGGGAUCGACAAGUACCGGUCGCCCGAGCGGAAGGACGGGAGCGGGAAUGGAGAGGUGAAGGGUGGGGAGUUUGCGGGCAGCCUCGUCGAAAGCAAUAAUGGUACUGUCAGUAGAACGAGUAGUAUCAUCAACGGAAUGGAAACCAACCCGACGAUAAUCAGCAAUCUGUUAAAAGAAGCCUCAGCAGUGCCUCAUCUAUCCGCCGUGAUGGUGCCGGAUAGCAGCCAACCCGCCCUACUCCCGGAACAAUCCCAACUCCCGGACAGCAAUUCCAGCAGCCAUCACCACAAAAACAAGAAGAAAAACAAGGAAAAGCACCGGCACAAAGACAAAGACAAAAGCCGGGAGGAGAAGGACAGGAAGAAGAAAAACAAGUACAAGGACCGAGAGAAGCACAAGCACAAACCCGCAGCCGACAAUCCUCCUAUCACGCCCAACGAGCCGAUCAAGCUGAAAAUCACCAUGGACAAGCCGAGCCAAGGCUUGAAAAUCAAGAUACCCAAAAAUAAGAUAAACACCGAGAACAUAACGGAGCUGUCGUCGCAGCAAUUGCAACCGAGCAUCAAACUGAAAAUCUCCAAGGAGGUGUUGAACAACUGUCCGAACCUGGACGGCAGCAGCAUCAGGAAGCGCGAGCGCGAUCCCAGCGUCACUCCCGAGGCGCCUCCCCACAAAUCGGCCAAAACGAGUAGUAGGGAGUCGAAAGCGAACGGCAAACACUCCGGCAGUAAGGUAAGCCCCACCGUAGAUAGACCUCCUUUCCCCAAUCGAACGGCGGUGUUCCAAACUUUCCCGCCGCCGCCGCCGCCACCACCACCGAUGGGCAACUCCCUGUACUACUACAACCCCAUUUUGCCGGACGUUAGGGUGCCACCGCCGAAUUUCGGCGUGCCGUACCCCUAUUACCCCGGGUACGGUAACGGCGUUUAUCAACAGCCGUUUGCUUCCGUCCCCCCUCCUCCUCCUAGCAGUUCUCGUCCCCCCUUGCCCAUUGAGGCUCCUCCCAGAUUGCCCCCACCUCCUCCACCAGAGUGAUAGUAGAUUUUAUAGUUGACUGUUAUUGUUGAUUUUUUUUUAUAUCUAUUAUAUAUAUUAUAUGAAUAUAGUCUGCCACUUUU